UGAUUUCAUUGUUUAAUUAUGAAUGGAAUCAUUGAAAACAAUUGAACUAUUCAUAGAUUGUAUAAACCUUCAUGUUCACUAUUUGAAAAUGUUUUAUAAUUAGCAGAAUAAUCAAGACAAUAAAUAUCAAGUUAUUUACUUAUUGUCAUGGUGGAAAUUGUUAUUGAUCAUAGAAAACGUUUUAAAGAAAUAAGAUCUCAUGCUUACAAUCACAAAAUUGUCCGGUUUAAUUCACGAUCAGGAAAUAAUUCAUUUAAUCAAUCUACAAUAAAUAAAGAUCCUCCAGAGGAGAAAUCUAAUGAAUCAACUGUAUACAAUCAAUACUGGUCAACAAAUGAUUUACUGUCUUUUGAAUGUGACAGUAAUGAUAAUGAAAAAUGGCACCAUUCAAAUGAAACUGAAUAUCAUAGAGCUAACCUUGAUGAUAGAUUAGGUGUUAAUUUUAAUUCUGGAGUAUUUGAUUGGUCUCAAAGUGAAUCUUGGUUAAUUGUUCAAAAUGCUAUAAUAAACACCAUUCUUUGUAAACCAAAUCUAGAUAUCAGUGAAGCCGUCAGAAAUAUGAGACAACUGGUAAACUCUGGAACUGAAACAGCUACUAUUGUUGAAUAUUGUGAUAAAAAGGUGUUACGUAACACUAUGCGUACUCUUCGCAGACCGUUGGAAAAGUUAAAUGGCAAUGAAUUGAUCAGUGAACUAAUAAGAAUUUGGAAUUAUUAUAUAAACUAUAGUUAUCCUAUUAUUUUAUUAAUAUUCACUACAGUGUCAGUUCCACAAAAAACAAUUGAAUACAUGUUAGGAGCUUCCUUUUUAAAGUAUAUACUUGAGAGGAUGAAAAUUGAAGACAUUAUCAAGAAACAGAAUAACAAAAUUAAUUCGCAUGUUCGACACAUGUAUUACACAAUACUAACCUUUUGUUUAGACAAACUUUCAGGUGACAAAAUUCAACAAUAUAAUCAAUUAUUUAUGAUGUAUAUUUUACCUGGAACGGGAGUCAUAGAAAAUCAAUAAAAGUGAACAUAAUUAUCUUUAGUUUGUUGCUAAGUUAAUUAUGUUACUAAUAAAAAUCAUUUUAUUUUAUAAAAACAAAAAAUACAAAACAAUAACAGUAUGAAUUUCCAAUGGUAAUGAUGAGAACGUUUUCAAGCUACCACUAAUGGAUUUUAUCACUCUACAGAGAUUAUUAGACAUCCAAAAUUAUAUGAGAUAUUAUUCUAUAUUCGUUUGAUAUUGAUGUGAACAAAGAAACAAAAUGCUUUGACAAACUACGGAAGCUAUUUUUUUUGGGGGGGGUGCGACGUUAUUUCAUUUAAUUCAAAGCUUGUAAAACAAUGACAUUUUAUUUUGUCCUUAGUCUAUUCUACAUAAAAUAAGCUUUCGUUUGAUGUAUGAUUCAUUGUCAUAGCUCUUUUUGUUCCAAAGCUAUUGUAAUUUAAACAUAGUAUUUUGUACCCUAUUUUCUACACUAACCCCCAGUUUCGGACAUAAUUGUAUUUUCCUAAUUAUUGUAUGCUGUGGUCAUCUAUUUAUUCAUGUAUCUUUUUACACUGAUCUGAAAUCGGGAAAUAGGGAACCAAAUCGGAAUUGGGAAUAAAUCGAGUAGUGUUCCAG